ACGGGUAGCGGUCUGAAGGGUGCGGUGCCCGCGAGGAGAAGGCUGCGGCCAGGCAUCACCGAGGCCUCUACUGGCCCCUCCCGCCCCAGAACUUUGGUCUCGCCCCAACACCCCCGCGUAAGUCCCGUGGUGUCGCCUUAAGGGCCCAUCGAUAACUCUACGCUCGGCCGCAGCCUCUAUCGAUUUGCUCUCGCUCCGCUCGCCGUCCUGAGGCGCGGCGGAGCGCAGAGCCGCGUGUAAGAUGCUCUGAGCUUUGACCCCCGCCUUUCAGAAGUGCGUCCUGUGCGGGCGAUUCUUCUUCCACACCAUGAACACGUCCCCUGGCACAGUGGGCAGUGACCCGGUGAUCUUGGCCACUGCGGGCUAUGACCACACGGUGCGGUUCUGGCAGGCCCACAGUGGGAUCUGCACGCGCACGGUUCAGCAUCAGGACUCUCAGGUGAACGCCCUGGAGAUCACACCGGACCGCAGCAUGAUCGCCGCUGCAGGCUACCAGCACAUUCGCAUGUAUGAUCUCAGCUCCAACAAUCCCAACCCCAUCAUCAGCUACGACGGGGUCAAUAAGAACAUCGCAUCUGUGGGCUUCCAUGAGGACGGCCGCUGGAUGUACACGGGGGGGGAGGACUGCACAGCGCGGAUCUGGGACCUCAGGUCUCGGAACCUGCAGUGCCAGCGGAUCUUCCAGGUGAACGCACCCAUUAAUUGCGUGUGCCUGCACCCCAACCAGGCGGAGCUCAUUGUGGGGGACCAGAGCGGUGCCAUCCACAUCUGGGACUUGAAAACGGACCACAACGAGCAGCUGAUACCCGAGCCUGAGGUCUCCAUCACGUCCGCCCACAUUGACCCUGACGCCAGCUACAUGGCAGCCGUCAACAGCACCGGGAAUUGCUAUGUCUGGAACCUGACUGGGGGCAUUGGUGACGAGGUGACACAGCUCAUCCCCAAGACCAAGAUCCCAGCACACACCCGCUACGCCCUGCAGUGCCGCUUCAGCCCUGACUCUACGCUUCUGGCCACGUGCUCGGCCGACCAGACGUGCAAGAUCUGGAGGACGUCCAACUUCUCCCUGAUGACGGAGCUCAGCAUCAAGAGCGGCAACCCGGGGGAGUCCUCGCGCGGCUGGAUGUGGGGCUGUGCCUUCUCGGGGGACUCGCAGUACAUCGUCACCGCUUCGUCUGACAACCUGGCCCGGCUCUGGUGUGUGGAGACAGGAGAGAUCAAGAGAGAGUAUGGCGGCCACCAGAAAGCUGUCGUCUGCUUGGCCUUCAACGACAGCGUGCUGGGCUAGCCCGUGGCCCCCUGGAUUGUAGGCGGCUGUCCAGGGAACACCUGUGGACUAGAUGUGCUCAGCUGCCCAGGCCAGUGUGAACCCCUCGCCCUCGAGCCCACUGGACCCCGCGGCUGGCUGUGACUGGCCAGGCCAGCAUGCCCUGGGGUUCUCUCAGCUCCCGUUGCUUCUGUGGGUGUGACGAGGCCCAGAAGCCUAGCCAGCCUUCACUUGCUUCCAAAAUUCCAGAUCCACAGGGCCCACAGGGUCCCAGGCUGGGGCCCAACCCCAAGCCCGUGCUCUCCCCGCCCUGCCCAUUUUGUGUCCUGAGGCCCCAGAGAACAGUGUCACGGCCAGGUGGAGCAUUUAUUAAUUCCCGCCCGCAGCCACCCUCCAUGACCUGCGACGAGGUCGGCCUGGGGGGCUGGCCGGGUGCGGCACUUAGUCUGGGAGGUAAUAAAAGCAGACAGACACGCAGA